UUUUAUUUCAGUUAAUUUCCUGUUCUUCUUUUAAUGGUUGAUCUUUAUAGGGGAGAUAUAAAUAGAUGUCCAAAGGACGAGAAAGAAUAUAAUUAUCAAUAAACGAAAUACCAAAGACAAAAUUAUUCAUUCACGAAUACGAAGUAUCAAUUAACGAUUUUUAGACAUUUCUCGACAAACAUAUAAGAAUUUUAAGAAUUAAGUAUUGUAUUAUACAUUGUGCUUAAUGAAAAUUGAUACCAAUCAAAUACUUCAUCUAGCAAAAGCAACGCUAGAGGACAAAUCAAUAAGUAUUUGAAAGAUAGUUUGUAGUUAUAGCUAUAUAGCCUGAGGAACUAGGACGUUUUAUUCGAAAUUUAAAGUCGAUCAAAGAGAAAAUCGUAGAUGAAUACCGCAUGUGUCAGAGAGGAAUGGAAGAUUCGCGAGAACAAUUUUCGGAAUAGCAAGAAAACGUUGGAAUGGGAAAGUACGAUAUGGUAUUUUAAAGGAUUCGAGACAAAGAAAUAAAGUAGGAAAAGAGGUAAUGAUGUUCUUAACUCUCUCGUCAAAGCGAAUUUCAGGAUUUUAUAUACAGCACGGUACAUAUGCACAAAAGAACGAGGCUUUUUCUGCGAAACACUAAACAAUCAUCGGCGUGUUUUAUCGUUAAAGUCGUUUGUGUUUGAUUUUCGGGUGGAGAAAAAGAAAAAGAAGAAGAAGAAGAUAAUAUUGGUUGAGAGAAAAAGGAAUAAUAAUGUUUGUUGACCACAGUAUCACCUGCAGGGGUCAGUUGUAGCUAGAGUGGGGGAUAGCGAAGAGCAUUCGUGCAGGCUGGUGGUUCGCUAGUUUCGCGGUAGCGAUAACCCCCGAUGCGCGUGUGCAUGCAUGUAUUUCGAUGUGUUAGGUUUAGAUAGAUUCGCUUAUACAGGGAAAGAGAGACCUCAAAGCCGUUUUCCUCGGUCGUUCAAUACGCGCGCGCGCGAAACGAAUCGACUUCGUCCCAUAGUAUCGUCACAGUUCUCGUCGGAGACGUUCGUGAUUUUGCACCCUUGUUCAAGUCACAAUUUACCGAACUAUAUGACGAGGGUACACCACGGUUUCCUUUCUUAUUUUCCUUCAUCUCUAUUUCUAUCUUCGCCUUUCUUUCCCUCCAGUUCUCUUUCUCUUACUAAAUCCUUCGUUUUCUUCGCUGCCUCCUUUCUCUUUACGUUCAUUUCUCUCGUUAUAUUUAAAUACGCGUUAAUUUCUAUCCUAAUCCCAUUCCAUCCCAUCGUUUCGAUUUUAACGCAUAAUAUCGCGUUCCCCUCGGCUCGUUACUCGCAAAUUUAUGUGCCUGAUUCUUUCUUCCUCCUCAUCCAAUUGGUCGACACGUCGUUAUCAUCUCAUUUAAACCCAAUUUGGAACGCUAUUCAGAGCCCAAGCUUUGAAUCUCCUUGGAUAAAGCAAAUGGUAAAUAUGAUUCGCGAGUGUCAUACGUUACUGGAGUGACCAGUAAUCAACAGACUGGUUUUUACGUCAUUCCUUGUUGUUGUUGUUCUAUCUUGUUAUUCGGCAUUGUUUUCUAUUCGCGAUGCGAUCAACGACGGGAUCGUGUGUGAACGAUAUCCAGGUGACGACGUCGCAGGCCAGGCCGGAUUAGGGGUACAUCGAUCAUCAAGAUAUCAAGGAAAAAUCACGCAACGUCUCUUUCGAGUAUACUCUAAUACUUCCCUCCUCCUUCCUUGUUUUUCCUUGCUGUCCCUCGUCUCCCGGUUUCCAAUCAUCUGACCGACUCUUCGUCCUUCCUCCCUUUCUUUUCAUUAUAUCUGUUUUUCUUGCUUUCGUUCUGCUUCUUGACUUUUUUACCGCUUGGUGGUGAAACGCGCCGCAGUGGCACGAUCGUCAUCGACGAAAAAAGAAGAAUCUAUAUACUGUACCGCGACACACAUACGAGUUCGCGCUCAGUCAAUAGCAGCUGCAUCCUUUGAAAUUUCAAAAGAAGCACAAACACAAGAGCAUAUCCACAAGUGCGAAACGAACGCAUCGUGAUCGAAUACCAGACACGGCCGGCGAUCAAACUAGCGGGGAAGAAACUGCUGCCUUCCAGCCUGCCGUAAUACGGUGGUGCUACGACGAUAUCGAGAAGCAGGCCCAGUCGGCGGUCAAACAGUAUUAUGCGUUUUCUACGCUUUUGUUUAUUAUCAAGGGAAGAGAUUCUUAUGGAUGAACGUGCACGAGCUGUCGAGUCGCGAAGGUGAAAAAGAAUAGAAGGGAAACGCGAUAAGCUGUACGUAGGAACCGCAACGAUGAAAGGUACACAUUUCGGUGAGCCGAGGAACCAAAGAUUCCAAUGAUACCUUCGCAAGGUGGCCGUGAGGGAUACAAAGGUUCUGCCAACCCUCCGAGCAACGGCUCUGAGGACAAUGGCUUCGCUAAUCGACCCCGAGUGGCGGGCCUUUACGCGACGAAUCUCUUCAGAGAAGAGCUCGUUCGAUUCUCGUCAGGAGAGGCUCCUCGAUCUCAUGGUCUCACACGAGAUACUCUCGAAAGAUCGCCACGAGAGAUUGGAAGCCAAAGAAGUUUAAAUCUCCCUACGGGCAUAGCCGAGGAAUUCGAGCUUUUGGAUCGGUCAAGAGUCGGGAUUUCGAGAACACCCCAGCCAUUAAGGAGAGGAGAGACGGACGCUGCUGGUUACGAACCUAGAUCCAGAUUCGAUGAAUCCGCCACCAGACGAAGGGAUCAUUAUGGAUCGCCACCUGUCGAAAGGAUUCGCGAGAGGGAGGACGAGCAACAGGGAGAAUGCAUUGCUCGAUCCGCAUGCAGUACCCUUCGUGUGUCUCUCCUUGAGUUUCCGCGCUCCGAGCAGACGACGUGGAUGGAGUCGGACGUUGAUGAUUCUAAGAUACCUGUUUCAACCGAUGAUCUCGCUGGGAGAAGAGGGCCAGAUGACAGUUCGACGUUCGUUACAACUUCUGCCUCGAUACUUAUUUCUCCCGCGAGUGAGACCAGCGAAUGCGAUGCAAUCUCGCCUCCGGAAGUGGAGAAAUCAUCACCGCCACCGUAUACGGGCCUCAGUCCGCCGGAGUACACCGGCCAAGAGUACGAGACCAGCGAAACACCUUCGCCGAUUUUUCCAAAUUAUCCACUGACAUCGUACGCGGAGGAGACACAUCACAGACGUUCGAGGUCGUCCGUUUCGGACGCCGGGCUUGAAUUCACUGCUGCACGUGACGGACGUUUAAAGCGUGAUAGCCGAUUCGAGUCGGAGCCGGAGGAAGCUUUGGCGGAAGAGAUCGGCAGAUCGAGGCGAACCAGAUCGAAUUUAGAAAGGUCUACGGACGACGAUAUCUCGAGAUCUAGAGAUGUGGCGAGGCUGCGACCUCCCUUGGCCGCAGCAGCAGGUGUUUCGGCCGAUUCUGGGACCGGUGAUUCUGGAAGUGCGGAGAUCCAAGUGGAUCCCCUCGGCAUUCCCAGAACAACGACCGCCGGUGAAAUUCUAGAUGGAAGGAACGGAGUUGAGAAUGGCCAAGCCGCUAGUAAGUCGUCCAUUAAAACUCCCACCGGGAACAAUAAGCAAACGGUGAAACUCUUCACGAAGGAAAGUCUCGACAGGUUGGAAAACAAGACCGUACAGCUCGUCAGAGAUUAUGGCUUUCAGCCGAAACGACGAAUGUCGGUCGAAGAUGGUGCGGUGCUUCCAAACAAAUUCGAACCUUUCCCAACUGAGCUUUACGGUAGGCCUCUCGAGGAGAUUGACAACUUUAUCUACGACGAGACAUUCUGCGUGGUAUCGAAGAGAUUUCGUAAAAAUUACAUUCACCGAUUCACGGCGACAAACAGCUGGUUCAUAUUUUCCCCGUGGAAUCCUAUAAGGCGGUAUUGUAUUUACCUAAGCACGAAUCAGUACUUCGAUUAUAUAGUCAUGGCUACGAUAAUAUUAAAUUGUGCCUUCCUCGCCAUGACGGAAACUAUCGAGGAAGCCGAAUAUAUAUUCUUAGCUAUAUACACGGCCGAAAUGGUGAUCAAAUCGAUAGCCAAGGGAUUUGCGCUCAAUAAAUACACUUACUUGCGAAAUCCGUGGAACUGGUUGGAUUUCGUGGUGAUCACCAGUGGUUAUGCGACUAUUGGAAUGGAAGUAGGAAAUUUGGCUGGGUUGAGAACAUUCCGAGUAUUGAGAGCCCUCAAAACUGUUUCCAUUAUGCCUGGCUUAAAAACCAUCAUCAAUGCAUUGUUACAUAGUUUUAAGCAACUUGCCGAAGUAAUGACGCUCACGAUCUUCUGCCUGAUGGUUUUUGCACUUUUUGCUCUACAAGUUUACAUGGGUGAACUUCGGAAUAAAUGCGUAAAAAAUGUGGAAUUCAAUAAUACUCAAGUCGAUUGGAGAGAGUGGACUUGGAACUCGUCCAACUGGGCAUUCGAUGAAGACGAAGAACCAAUAAUUUGCGGUAACGCAACCGGCGCCAGGCACUGCAACGAAAGUUACAUCUGUCUUUGUGUUGGCCCAAAUCCAAACCAUGGAUAUACAAAUUUCGACAACUUUCUGUGGUCGAUGCUCACCACGUUUCAACUGAUUACUCUGGAUUAUUGGGAAGACGUCUAUAAUAAGGUAUUGUCGGCGUGCGGACCUAUCAGCGUCUCGUUCUUCACGGUGGUCGUGUUUUUCGGCUCGUUUUAUUUGAUCAAUUUGAUGCUCGCUGUCGUUGCGCUGAGCUAUGAGGAGGAAGCCGAAAUUACGAACGAGGAACGAAGAAAGGAUUUAACCGACCAUCGCGAGGACUCGACGUUUAGUUUCGACCCGACAAAAAUCAAUGUGAAGACGCUUGCCAAAGAAAAACAAAAGAAAUUAGACGCGAGGAAAGGAGUUCUCCUAAGUAGUUACACGCGCAAAAAAACACGAAGAAGAAGACGUGGGAGAAGCACUGCCGGUUCUGGUUCAUCUGGUCAAGAUAAAGGUGGCUCUGUGCCAAGCAGGUCGGUGACGCCAAGCCCGAGCCCAAGUCCAAGACAUUCGAACGUUCGACCGUCUCACUUACUUCUACAAAAUAUUAGCCCACGAACUGUAGAGAAUAACAACGGUGUUCAUAGAUUGGCGCCAAAUCGUGGAAUGCUUCAUUCUCGACAAGCAAGUAACAACAGUAAUCAACACUCGUCGUUAGACGACUCAGGCGUUGUCGACGACCACGAUGGCGACGAUGUCACAUCCGUAGAAGAACACGACAGGCGUGACAACAACAAAGAAUCUAGGGCCCACUGGCAAGAGAGGAUACCUACUAAUAAUAACGCCGAUGGCAAUGUCGAAACUAAUGCGGGUGAAACGAAGAAUGAAACGAAUAACGAGACAGAAGUGGACAAUGAAAGAGAAAAAUCACAGGCAACUCAUUCCGGGGGCUAUCUUCGUGCGCCUACGAACGUUCCAGUUUCUCUUGCCAGCGGAACUACUAGAGAAAUUCGAGUCUUUAAAUGCAACGGCGUGAAAACGAAGAAACAGAUGUACACCUUGCCGCCAGAGUAUCUAUCGCACAUUGUUAUUUUAGAUGAUCUUCCCGAUAGAAAUUGCGAAAAGUGCAUCCAAUGCUGUAUAGAUUACGAGGGUUGGCUACGAUUUCAGAAUUGCUUGUACAAGGUAGUGAGAGAUCCACUAUUCGAGUUGACAAUCACAUUGUGCAUCGUCCUGAACACUGGUUUUCUGGCAAUGGAACACCACGGAAUGAGCGAGUCGAUCCGACAGGCGCUCAACAUCGGUAAUAAAGUGUUUACCAGUAUCUUCACCUUCGAAUGUUUGCUGAAACUGUUGGCGCUGAGUAAAGAUUUCUUCGCCAACGGAUGGAACAAUUUCGAUUUGAUAAUAGUGUCAGCGUCUCUGAUAGAUCUUACCUUCGAGCUGGUAGACGGCCUGUCCGUGAUACGCGGACUGAGACUUCUGCGCGUGUUAAAACUGGCACAAUCCUGGACGACGAUGAAGGUUCUUCUCAGUAUUAUUAUUUCAACGAUCGGCGCCCUUGGAAAUCUCACCUUAGUUUUGGUGAUCGUGAUUUAUAUAUUUGCCGUGAUCGGCAUGCAAUUAUUCAGUAAAGACUACACUUUGGACAAAUUUUACCCAGAUCCGGUACCACGGUGGAACUUUAACGAUUUCUUUCACUCGUUCAUGAUGAUAUUUCGUAUAUUAUGCGGAGAAUGGAUCGAGCCCCUGUGGGACUGCAUGCGAGCAGAAGAAGAAGACGGGCCCGAGGCUUGCUUCGCCAUAUUUUUGCCAGCUCUCGUAAUGGGUAAUUUCAUGGUGUUGAAUCUUUUUCUUGCUUUGUUGCUCAACAGCUUUAAUUCGGAGGAAUUGAAACAGAAGAAGGAGGAAGUGGGCGAUGACUCGAAACUCGCAAGAUCGUUCGAUCGUAUCCGUUCGAUUAUACGGAAGAAUAAAUGUUCGCGCUUGUCUCAAGCUGUCGCUAAAGGGAAAGGGAAGGAUGCUCGUUUCGAAAAGAUCGUGCGACGCGUAAUAGAUCGGUCUGACAACGAGACUAAAUACGCUAUUCAAGAGACUGUACUCAGCCUUCCAAAAGAUAACGUUUACAAUAGAUCUUAUCAAGAAAGUUUAAAUCAGCCCGUUUUUUCUUACGAUCCAAUGUACUCUCAGUCUCAAACGGAAGAACAAAGAUACAGACAAAGGGAUAAGGAAGAAGAGAAGGACGCCUCGCCUGACGACGAAAACAAUUAUUCGAGUAAGGAAAAAGAGAUCGAGGAAAACGAAGGCAAAGAGGAGGGAUGUCAAGAGGUCGAUGUCGUGAGAGACUCUUCGUCUUCGAACAAAGCACCAGUUGAGGAAAGAGUCGCGAUGCUACCUCAGAUAGAUCCGUUUCCUAGACCCGAGGAUCGGGUACCAAAACGACCUUGGCACGCGCUUGUCAGCUACGUCGAUGAACUGACGGUUGGCGGUAGGAGAGAUAGUAAAGGAAAAUACAUCGAUGGCAUGGGUUCUUUUCCUGGAUUUGGAAGAAGCAACCGACGCAAAGAACCGCAGGAUUGCUUUCCACGACAGUGUUAUCAGAAGUGUACCUGCAUCGACCGGUGUAUUGCAACAGCUAUCGGCAAAAAAUGGAUCAGAAUGCGAACAGUGAUUCUUUCAGUCGUUGACACGCCUGCCUUCGAAUGGAUGAUCCUAGUUUUCAUUUUUGCAUCCUCCAUAACUCUUUGUUUCGAAGACAUUUAUCUAGAUGAUAAUCCUUUCUUGAAGAAAAUCCUCUAUUGGACCAAUCUUGGCUUCUGCGCGCUUUUCAGCAUUGAGAUGUUACUCAAGUGGUUAGCUCUGGGUUUCUGCAAAUAUUUCACCAGUUUUUGGACAAUCUUGGAUUUUAUAAUUGUCUUUGUAUCAACAUUUAGUCUGUUGAUAGAAGAAAACGAAAAUUUAAAAGUGCUAAGAUCUCUAAGAACCUUGAGAGCACUGAGACCAUUAAGGGCGAUAUCGAGAUGGCAAGGCAUGAGGAUCGUAGUGAACGCGUUGAUGUAUGCGAUACCUAGUAUAUUCAACGUGCUCCUCGUCUGUCUCGUGUUCUGGCUGAUAUUUUCUAUUAUGGGUGUACAAUUUUUCGGCGGCAAGUUUUUCAAAUGCGUUGACGAGUACGGCGAAUUAUUAGAUAUAUCAAUCGUAAACACGAAAGACGACUGUCUGAGGAAAAAUUACUCUUGGGAAAAUAGUAAAAUUACGUUUGAUCACGUCGGAAUAGCUUAUCUAGCUCUGUUCCAAGUAGCCACAUUCGAAGGGUGGAUGGAGGUGAUGCAGGAUGCAGUAGACGCAAGAGGUGUAGAUCUUCAGCCUCAAAGAGAAGCAAACAUCUACGCAUAUUUCUACUUUGUGAUAUUUAUCGUUUGUGGCUCCUUUUUUACACUAAACCUCUUUAUCGGAGUAAUUAUAGACAACUUUAAUAUGUUGAAGAAAAAGUACGAAGGUGGGGUGCUAGAAAUGUUUUUGACCGAAAGUCAAAAGCACUACUACACUGCCAUGAAAAAGCUUGGCCGUAAAAAGCCACAAAAAGUGAUAAAGCGUCCGAUGAAUCAAAUCCUCGCAAUGUUUUACGACCUAUCGAAUUCACGCAGAUUUGAAAUAGCAAUUUUCAUUUUGAUAUUCCUCAACAUGCUGACAAUGGGAAUCGAGCAUUACGAUCAGCCUCAUCCAAUCUUCUUCGUUCUCGAAGUGUCCAACGCAUUUUUCACGACCGUUUUCGGUUUAGAGGCAAUCGUGAAAAUAAUUGGGCUUCGAUAUCAUUAUUUCACGGUGCCAUGGAACUUGUUCGAUUUCCUCCUCGUGCUGGCAUCCAUAUUAGGAAUAUUAAUGGAGGAUAUUAUGGUAGACUUUCCGGUGUCUCCGACGCUCCUGCGAGUCGUGAGAGUGUUCAGAAUCGGUCGAAUCUUAAGGCUCAUAAAGGCAGCCAAAGGUAUUCGUAAACUGCUCUUCGCUCUGGUGGUUAGUCUUCCGGCGCUGUUCAACAUCGGUGCCCUGUUAGCUCUAAUUACUUUUAUUUAUGCCAUUAUCGGCAUGUCAGUCUUUGGUCAUGUUAAAAAGCAAGGCGCGCUCGAUGAUAUGGCCCAUCAAGAAGAAGAGAUUGGUAUCGUCGAAGACGAUUUAGAAAUGUUUUACAUACGAUGGUCCAAGUAUGAUCCGCACGCGACACAGUUCAUAAAUUUCUCGCAAUUAAGCGAUUUCAUAGCAAGCCUGGAUCCACCGUUAGGAAUUUCAAAACCAAAUAUGGUCGCGUUGGUUAGCUUUAAUCUUCCUAUCGCAAAGGGUAAUAAGAUUCAUUGUCUGGACAUUCUGCACGCACUUGUCAAGCACGUCCUUGGACACGUAGAAGAGUCUGAAGAUUUCCGAAAGCUACAGGAACAGAUGGAUAUCAAGUUUAAGAAACAAUUUCCUACGCGCAAAGAACUUGAGAUUGUUUCUUCGACGAGAAUGUGGAAACGUCAAGAUAAAGCAGCUAGGCUGAUUCAACGUACUAUCAGAGAAUUUAUAACGGCAAAAAAGGAACGUGAAAGGAUGGCUCAAGAAGUAGACUCGCAGACUCAAACGUCGAGUCCUGGUGGUGGGAAUGAGGGUAGGGGCGGGGGUGGAUGGAGUGGCAAAGUAUCGGCAUUUCUACAUGUGCAUAGAGGUAGCCGAGCCAGUAGUCGCAAGUCCUCGAGGGCCAGCGACGCCAGCGAUUUCAGCGAGCUCGGUACAGCUUCGGCAUGGCUUUUUCCAAACUUACCUCUGCUGUUGCUCUCCGGCGCCACCGGUACUCACGAGGACCUGCCUCCUCCCGCUCUAACCGUAUCCCGUCCCUCGCCGACUACAGAACAACAAUCGUUUACCGGCUCCUCUGCUACUUCUGCUACUUCCUCCGAUCUACACAUUAGAUCAAUCGGGGGUCCGACUCUCGGCCGGCAGAAUGCCGUUGAAAGUUAUCCCGAUGAGGAAGUCCCCAGUCUUCCUACGAAGCGCAGAUCACUUCCGCCAAGCGCUACAACACUCUCUCUAAAUACCUUACAUCGUGACAUCAAAGAAGCGUUUAGCAGACGUUGCGGUAGCCUCCGGAAGAAACAUCAACCAGCACCAGAACCAGCUCCGCUGCCAAUCGAAUCUACCGAUGUAAGCAUACUUGUUACAGAACCCAGUCCAGAGAAUUCAGCACCGCCUACAAGACCGGCACUACUUAGACGACAAUCCGCAGCCACGGUCGUUCACGUCCUCGUUCACAGAGAGAGUGAAGAAUAUCGAGAUACACAACCCGACAAUGCCAGUUGAUCUUAGAUCGUUAUGCUUGACAUCCUUCCGAAAUCAGUUUAAACGAGAGGCUAGGCUGAAAGCCACCGAAAUUUUGCUUCUUAUCGCGUUACAGUGACCUCGAGAUUCGAAUCUCAUCCGAUUCCCUCUCCUCUCCCCCUUUCUUUGACGCUGUUGCCUUAACAUCAUUACCAUCAAAUGUUCUUACUAUUUCAUUAUAAUAUGUACAUUUGAGAAGUCUCGAUGAAAUUAUUUCCUAACAAUUACAAUAGUAAUAACUUUAUAAGAAUAUUUAUUCCGAUAAUUAGAUCUUCUUGUAAACACAGUACGAUUUUUCUUUUACAAAAGCUAUUCUAACGAUACUUUUGAUCCUAAUGAAUAAUAGUAGCCUAUUUUUAGUAAUCAAUUUAUCGCGACGAGCUUAAAUCUUUUCUUAUGCAAUAGAAACAGCGAUAGCUGGAAUAUAUAUAGUUGAGGUAGUUCAAUUGACUCGAUAUUACACGAAACUCGCAUUUCUUCUACCAUAAUUAAGGGUGAUUGGACCAAUUUAGUGAAAUAUAUUUAAAUUCCGAUCCCUUCUUCAAGUUAAAUCAUUGAUACGGUCUACUCCUUAUAAAGAGGAAUGAAUAAUAAUUACGUGGACAAAAGAAUAAUACUGCCUUAAAUAGCAUAGAUUUUUCAUUUGUAUAAUUAUUUUGAAGAAAGAAACAAAAAGGACAAAAAAGAGAGGGAAAGAGAAGAUGGAAGGAGGAAAACCAAACGGGAAUUUUUAAAGAAGUUGUACACUUAGCCAAGUAGUUGUUUUUCUUUACACAUUUAAGGAAACGUAGAAUACUAGUACCGCUACUAAUUUUGUAUAUCAGAUAUCAUAAACAAUAGCAUUUAUAGAACGUAAACGUAUGUGAUGUUUGUCUUAUUCAGAAUUGUCAAGGAAAUUGCGAUAUUUCUAAUAA